UGGCUCCGCCACUUCCAUCUGUCUUUGCUAGAGACAGACAGAACAAACAAAACGAAGAGAUGAGAGGGAAUGCAUCCUUAGUAACAUUAAACCACAAGAUUCUCGGGCCAUGUAGGAAACUCCUCAUCAGAAUCACCAAGAGCUGUCCUCGGCGCCAUAACCGGCAUUUGAAACUCAAGAAAGCUUCUUCUUCUUAUACUACUAAUUCAGGGAACAAGGUCACCAAAGCGGUGGCUUUGUUCUUUCGCACUUUCCAUAAGAAGAAGCAGAAGAAAGAGAAAAUGAAGCGGCUUAACGAACUAAGGAGCUUCUCGCACGCUGUCAGCGACCAGCAGAAGAAGACUCAAACCAAGAAGAAAGUUUUCCCGUCAAGACUCACAAUGUCUUGGCUAGGUCAAGGGGAAGGGAACAACACGCAAGAAGUCCCGCAAGAUUAUGAUCCACGUAGAGACAGCACAAGCGGAUUCAUUCCUGGAUUUUUUCAAAUUUAUUUAACUCAAAUCGGUUAUGUGUUGGACAUUAAUUUCUUUGCUUUCUCGAUGUACAGUUAUUGACAUUGAGACCUUUUUUUUUUUUACUCAAAUUGAAAUCAUUCAUAAUCGAAUUACCGGUAUUCAUACACAAGCUGGCGGCAAAACGAAAUAGCCCCAGAACCAAAAGCCCAUAAGAAGCGGCGGCUAAAACCCACACUGGAGCGACUAAAACCCACACUCGGGUGACUUGAAACAAACACAAACCAUAAAAACUAAAUCAACACUAGCCACGUUAACAUCCACGCAAAAAAACAUCAGAUAACUUAGCAAUUUUUAAAACAGAG